GUCUAACAGUGGCUGGAAAUCCUUCCAGUUGCCACUCCCACUUCCAAUCAUUCAAGAGAAGAAAUAUUCUCGGCAUACAGCUGAGUUGCAACAUGGUUGUCUAUACAGUUCGGGUGUCUACUGGAACCUACCUGGGCUCACAGACGACAGACUGGAUCAUACUCACUUUGGUGGGCACCAAGGGUGCCAGCCCCCAAACUUGGCUUGACAACUUUGGACCGGACUUCUACCACGGAGCGGACAGCAAGUAUAAAAUUACCUGCCCCCAAGACCUGGGAGAUAUUGUGCUCAUCCAGUUCACCAAAAAACCUUUGCUGGUCCUCCAAGACAGCUGGUACUGCAACUUUGUCAAGGUGAAAUCCCCACAAGGCAAGACCUACAAUUUCCCAGUCUACCAGUGGAUCGAAGGCAGCAACACCAUGGAGUUCAGAGAGGGGAAAGGGCUAACUGCUCCUGAAGACCCUCUCUCAGACCACCGGAAGAAAGAACUGGAAGAAAAACAGGAAUCCUAUAAGUGGAAGGAGUACGCCCCCGGACUGCCUCACUGUCUGGAUGUCAAGUCAUUUUGCGAUCUGGAAACCAACUCCAAAUUUUCUUUCACCAAAUGUGCUCUUCUUGUAUCACGCAUCACAGUAACGGCAGUGGAGCAGAGACUGAGGGGAUACUCUACCAGCAAAAAGUCCUGGGAAUCUCUGGAUGACAUCAAGAAGGUCUUCUGUUUCCACAAGAAUGACAUGAUAGAAUAUGUCGUAGAACACUGGAAGGAAGAUGCCUUCUUUGGCUACCAGUUCUUGAAUGGACUGAAUCCAACCUUCAUCCGGAAAUGCACAAAGAUCCCCCCUUAUUUCCCUGUUACCCAAGAGAUGGUGGCCAGUUCCCUGGGCAAGGGCACCAUCCUAAUGGAAGAGCUGGCGAAAGGGACCAUCUACAUUGCCGACUACAAAAUUCUGGACGGGAUCACCGCUGGUCAGAAUAACAAAGUCCAGCAGUACAUUGCGGCCCCCCUCUGCCUGCUGCACCUCACACCGGAGGAGGAACUCCUUCCCCUGGCCAUCCAGCUCAGCCAGACCCCAGGCCCAGAGACCCCCAUCUUCCUGCCCAGUGACUCUGAAUGGGACUGGAUCCUGGCCAAGACCUGGGUGCGAAACUCCCACUUCCAUGUGCACGAGGCUGUGGCCCACCUGCUCCAGACACACAUGUUGGCAGAAGUCUUUGCCCUGGCGACCAUCCGCCACUUGCCCAUGUGCCAUCCCUUGUACAAGCUCUUAAUCCCUCACAUCCGCUACACCUUUAACAUCAAUACUUUGGCUCGGGAAACCCUCAUCGGCAAAAAUGGUGUCUUUGACACAGCAACUGGUCUUGGGCGUGAGGGCUUGAACCAGCUUUGCCAAAAGGGCUUGGAAGCCCUGACCUAUUCUUCCCUCUGCCUCCCGGAUGAUUUAGAGGACCGUGAUGUGUUUUCAUUGCCCAAUUACUACUACAGGGAUGACGGUUUGGAGAUCUGGGCAGCCAUAGAAAGCUUUGUCUCUGAUAUUGUCGACUUCUACUAUUCAAAGGAUGAAGCUGUGCGGGAAGAUUAUGAACUGCAGGGCUGGAUAAAAGAUAUCUUUAUAAAAGGUUUCCUGAGUAGAAAGUCUUCUGGAAUCCCAUCCUCAUUCAGUACAAAGGUGGAGAUCAAGAGGUUCCUGACAAUGGUGAUAUUUACCGUUUCUGCUCAGCAUGCCGUUGUCAAUAAUGGGCAGUAUGGACACGGCGCCUGGAUGCCCAACUUCCCCUCCUCCAUGAGGAAGCCCCCACCUCGGUCCAAAGGGACGACACACCUGGAAGACUACCUGGAGACUCUGCCCGCCAUCAACACCACCUGCAAGAUCAUUGGCACCCUCUACCUGCUUAGCGCCCCAUCAGGAGACUCGGUCACUCUGGGGAAUUACCCCAAUGAGUACUUCACAGAGAAGGAGCCUCAACAAUUCAUUGAAGACUUCCAGGACCGCUUGAACAAGAUCUCCAAGAAAAUUGAGAAGAGGAACUGGUCUCUUCCCAUUGGCUACCAUCAUCUGAACCCUCCGUUGAUAGAGAACAGUGUCUCCAUCUGAAUAGGCUCGGUCUGGAAGGUGGCCUUAGAAGGC